CGCUCCAGAGGCCAACGCUGUCGUCGAACCGUGGCCGGUCUUUCGAUUACUCUCAAACAGCAUAGAACAUAAUCUACCGAUAGAUCGAUACGCAUUAAUUAAAAUUCACAUCCGCAGGGUGUUAACUAAAUAGAAAUAAACAGAGAAAACACAUAUAAAGCCGCGAUUGACGCGAUGAAAGCCGCAUAGUGAAAAGGAACUGAUCGAAAGGUUUUGCCAGUGCGUGCUUCUGCCGGCUUCGGGUUAUUUCUCCGUUCCUCUCCUACUUACUUCAACACUCUUCCUUCUACAACUCACUCUAAGUACUCCAGAAUCUCUCUCCCUCGGUCUCCCUCACUCUUCCUCUUUCUAAUCUUCUUUCCAUCUCUUUCUUUCACUCUCUCUCUGUCUCACUUCCUCAAGCGGUCGAUUAUUGGACGACAGCACGGACGGAACCCUAAAGACACCAUCUUGAUACGACACUGUGUGUACGCGCACGUUUCAUGCAAAUACCCCUGUACAACCCGGAGCGGCCUACCGAGCAACCUACCUUUCUUCGUGCAUUACGCUCUGGGCGCUCGUGACUCGCGCUUCGAUACUGUCACGCAUACACAACGCGAGGUCGGUAAUCAUUUUUAUUGUCAGUGAAACUGAGUGUUAUCAUUGAUCAUUGCCAAAUUCACUGGAGUACAGUGGUAAUUGUGAGCCAUUGGAAGGCAGUACUGGAUAUACUGGAAGGCGUCAAUUAGACGCGAUUGAAAACAAAAAGGAAAUAAGAAAAGUAUGAAAUUGCAAUCGUGUGGUGUAUGUCUUGUGUAUUUUGUUUCUGUGUGAAGAUUCACGUGACAACUGACAAGGACAAUUGUCAUUUCGUUCUUUUUAAUUAAAGCAUUCGGUACCAUUUGAUAAAUAUUCAUUAGUGCACAGUGCAGAUAACACUGCCUAUAUCGUCAUGGACGAUGGUAAUAAUGACAGCAACGAUAACUACUCAUCAAGCGGGAAUAGUUCGUUGAUCGCAUCUUUGUUAUGGUGCUAAAUAAUUCUAUACCGGGAUCCAUUCACACAAUACCUCUAUCUAGGGGACGUGCUGCUUUGAAAAAAGGGGUUCGGCUGUUCAAUUCCACCCUUUUGACACGACGCCAUUUAACACGUCCCUGUGCAGACCUUACGAAAUGAAAUCGUUUACAGUAUCAAGCCAGUCUUGCUAUUUUAUUAGCUGCUUCAGCGUUCCCUAGCAAUCGGUAUCAAACUGUCGAAAUUAGGGAACAUAGUUUUAUCGACCUUUCCGAAAAUCUAAAAAAAAAAGAAAAUAACACGAACGACCGCUCCAUUUAUCGAUUCCUUUCCCUACCUCAACGAGCUCUUAGACUCCUCGCAACGAGUCUCCUCGAGUCGAGUUUGCUGAGGGCGCUGCAAUCGUUUUCUCUUUCUCCUUCCCAUUCGUAUAUUUUACCAACUUGACUAUCUUUUUUCAUCUUGCUACUGUCAAAACAACUAAGAAUGUUCGCCGAUCUCGCCAUGCGCUCCUGACUGUUCGCAGUAUAAAGAUUUAAAUGAAUUUAUAGUGAACAUUGAAAAUAAACCAAGAGCGCUGGCUACGAUUCCGACAAAGAGAAAGGCAGCAGCUGAGAAUCAAAGAGAGGAUCAAUAAAAGAGAUCGUGGAAGUGAAUGAUACAGAGGUGGGGAGCAUAGCGAUAAAACGUCGCUGAGGAUCAUCCAUGUGAUCAGGAAGAGAAAGAAGAAAAAGGGGAAAUGCGAGGGAGGUGGCAGAGGGGUGGUCAGACGAUCACCGAUUUUUAUAAAGCGUUUCCGUGGCAACUGCCAGAUCAGUGAGAAAACGCGGAGCAAAAUGUCGCAAGCCAAGAUGAGCUGCUGGGCUCAUCUCGGCGCGACAGCGGCUCUCAUUCUCAUGUUGCUGCCGGUCAGCAUGAACAGUGUCCACGCGCAACAAACGACCGACGAAACCAUCACUGAAAAUUCUACCAACAGCAUCAUCACCACAGAGCAGAACGACAACGACAAUGACAACGAUACGUACCGAGUACCGACCAAACCUCUGAAUCUCACGGUUCACGGUGUCACCUCCUCCACCAUCGAAUUGUCAUGGUUGAAGCCCGAGAAAGUCAACGGCGAGAUACAUGGUUACAGAGUCUACUACAUGCAUUCCAAUUAUACCGACGUUAAAACGCACAAGAUCUACGAACCGGGCACACCCUUCAUUAGAUUCAGUCUAAGUGAUCUGAAACCCUUCCAGGAAUACAAUAUAUGGGUGAAAGCUUUCACUUGGAAGAACGAAGGUGAACCAUCGGAUCACAUUAUUCAUAAGACUGAUGUAGCCGGUCCGAGCGCACCCACCAUUUUGAAUCUUACCUGCCAGUCGCAGAAUGCAAUUUAUUUAAAAUGGGCACGUCCUGGCGUUUUCUGGAAUACCAUCGAUUAUUAUUAUAUCAAUUAUCGAAGCGAAAGUUCCAACGAAUAUAAAAAUGUCGAAAUAACAACCGACAAAAGGCAGCUCGAGAUUGAAAUACCUAUAGAGAAUCUCACCAUGAACACCAUGUAUGAAAUCACUUUACAAGCUGCUACGAGGAGUACAAUCGAUAGCAGCCUAAUUAUUCAGGGUGAGCCUACUGUGCCCCGAAAAGUACUUGUGGCACCAAAUUGCGACAAGAUUCCACCGUUAAUGCGAAGAAGCAGCAAAGAAUUCAGUGCUGGUGUAAUAGCCGGUAUGGUGUGCGCGUGCUUUGCAGUAAUGCUGGCUAUAGCAUCCUUCGUAUUAUGGAGGCCGUGCUUCAGGCCCAUUUUCAGAAAGUGCUUCCACACCGCUUACUACUAUCUGGAUUAUCCGCCGCGCAAUGUACCAACCUUGCAGGAUUGGGAAAACAGUGAACAGGAUGGUGAGAGAACAGCUGUGGCUGUGCAGCAUUUCGCACAACAUGUUGCGGCAUUGCAUGCCGACGGGGACAUAGGCUUCUCCAAGGAAUACGAACUAAUCCAGUCUGAAACUGGUGAUUAUACAGUUGAAAACUCGGAGUCCGCUGAAAACAAGUUGAAGAAUCGCUAUCAAAAUAUACUUGCUUACGAUCACACGAGGGUACAACUUUUAUCAUGUGGAGGAGGUCCACCUAAAAAAGGUCAGGAUUACGUAAACGCAAAUUAUAUCGAUGGUUGGCAAAGAGCCAGAGCUUACAUUGGGACUCAAGGACCCCUGCCACCAACAUUCGACGGUUUCUGGCGAAUGGUUUGGGAGCAACGUGUUUCCAUAAUUGUCAUGAUAACUAAUUUGGUCGAACGCGGUCGUAAAAAAUGCGACAUGUACUGGCCAAAGGAAGGGACCGAAACCUAUGGUCACAUUCAAGUAACUUUAAUGAGGGAGGAUAUAAUGGCCACUUAUACCGUACGAACUUUGCACAUCCGCCAUCUAAAGCAGAUCAAGAAGAAGAAAAAUGGCACUAACAUGGGAGAGCGUACAGUAUUACAAUAUCAUUAUACGAGUUGGCCAGAUCAUGGUGUGCCAGAUCAUCCACUUCCAGUUCUGAGUUUCAUUCGAAAAUCAUCAAACGCUAAUGGACCGGAUGCUGGACCGAUAAUAGUUCACUGCAGUGCUGGCGUCGGACGUACUGGAACUUAUAUAGCGAUUGACGCCAUGCUAAAGCAAGCCAAAAGUAAAGGCGAGAUCAAUGUUUUCGGCUUUCUAAAACACAUUCGUACGCAGAGGAAUUUUUUGGUGCAAACUGAGGAACAGUACAUAUUCAUUCAUGAUGCUCUGCAAGAAGCUAUUGAAAGUGGAGAGACUAAUAUCGAGUCCAGCCGUUUGAUGCAGCAUAUUCAGGAUAUGUUAUGCCCAUCUAACAACAAGACUGAUCCUUGGAAUAAUCUCGAGGCCCAGUAUAAGCUUGUCACUUCCUGGAAACCUAAAGACUUUCACUUGGUAUCUUCCACGAAACCUUGUAAUGUCGCAAAGAAUCGCAAUAUAGAAAUAGUGCCAAUUGAAAAUGCUAGAGUGCAUCUUACGCCAAAGCCUGGCAUCGAUGGCAGCGACUACAUAAAUGCUACAUGGUUUUCCGGAUUUCAACGUAACAGAGAAUUCAUUCUUACUCAACAUCCAAUGGAGAAUACUAUAAUGGAAUUCUGGCAGAUGAUGUGGGAUCAUAAUGCCCAAACGAUAGUCAUGCUAACCCAAUGCGAUAAAGAGUAUCCAGAAUUUUGGCCCACCGAGGGAAAGGAUUUAGAGUCGGAUACGUUCCGCGUUCGUUUGUGCGGAGUCAAGGAAACCGUAAGCGGAAUUGUUCUCCGCGAAGUAGCAGUCAGAUCUCUGCAAGAUGAUUAUGAGCUCAGUGCCAGAAUUGUGCAGGGACCAUUGAAUCAGGAAAGACCCUGGCCACACAAUAACAAUCCAAAAGUAUUUGUCAACGUGAUACAGGACUUCCAUAGAGACUAUCAAAAUGGUCCAAUAGUCGUAAUGGAUAGGUUCGGCGGAAUAGAAGCAGGUCUAUUCGUUCUUUUAACAACAUUGAAUAAACAAUUGGAAUUCGAGCAAAGUGUAGAUAUAUAUAUGUUCGCUAAAUUAUUAUAUAUGAAGAGGCCUGGCAUAUUUCGAUCAAAGGAGGACUAUAUACUCGUAUAUCAAUGUCUGGAAUCGCUGCUGUCACCUAAAACACGAACGGAACCAGAUUUGUACUCAAUGACUAACGGUCACGUGAACACCAUGAACGAGACGAAUUCGAUUCAAACAACAGAACAAGUACCAAUGGAUUUCGCGAUAAAAUCUCCAGGAAUGAGGGAAUAUGCAACAGUAGAAUUGGGUACCGAUUACGAGCCUGACUAUUCAAUGACCGUCCAUCUGGAUAGGACUGGUGCCACCACUACAGGAAAUCGCAUAACAAGAACUGAACACAUGCUGCCAUCUGGUGGCGUUAAUCCGAUACGCAAUACCGGUUAUCCGAUUCACGCCGGUAGUCAUGUAACCAUCGAUACUAACGGUUAUGUGACCAAUGGAAAUAUGAGAAUUCCACCAGAAGGUAAGGAGGCAACUUAUGCGAUCGCGCCUCAAUGAUCCAGGUCGUUUCUCUGUUACAAAGUUCAAGCUACCCAACAUUCUGGACCUCUUUGAAAGACCGAUUGAACUUACAUUAGGAAUUCUUUGGAAAGAAUUGGUGAUAGAUUAUUGCUAUAAUCCACGUUAUGUGCGAUUUGGUAUUUGGUUUACGUUUGAACCAUGGUACCAAUUAAUAACAAAUGAGUAAAAAAAGUUAAAAAUGCAUUUCAAGUGUGCAGCCUAUUGAUGGAUCAUAUAGUAGUGAAAGUGUUCCAAUGAUGAAUUCCUGGAGAUAUUUGUGGAUGGAUUUUUUUUUUUUGUAACUUUCUAUUUUAUUUGUUUGUAAGUUCUUGGUGCGAAAGCGACGAAUCUGCGAAUUUAGAAGGUAAAAACAAUCAUAUUUACAAGCCACUUCUUGAUAAUUCCUUUACGGGAAAAAUCACUGAGAUUCAUAGUCGACACCAUGAAACUCCUCUCCCAUAUUAUUGUAAAUAAUCGUACGGACCAUCCAAAUGCACUAGUUGCCAAAGAGUUAGCUGAUAAAUUUGUAAUUUUAACCAUUAGAUGUUAAAUUAUGUAAAUAGGGAUCUUACACUAUACUAUACCAUAGUAUACACGAUGAAUGACUGCUGUGCGAAUCCUACGUUUGAACGUGCUGUGAAAUAUUCUCCAAGAGGAAGCGUAUAGUACUGUGGGAAUGAUAAUUUCAUUGAAUAAUUCGUAAUUCUGCGAAAUAGAAAAAAUACGAAUCCCAUAUAGUGAUGGGACAGUCGAAAAAUUGACGACUUGUUUUACGAUUCUAAAAUAAUAGAACAUAAUAAUAAUUUUUAAAAAACCGGGAAGAAACCGAGAACGAAGGAAUGAAAUUUUUUUAAAUUUUAUACACAGAAAUACGCAUUGCCGCACAGGUUGCGUGACAUUCCUUGCAGCAAUCGCAUGUAAAGUAUUUUUAUUUACAAAAGAAAUCAUCGAACACGCUCAGCGCGUUCUUGAAAUUUUUAGAACAUUCAUUAGCCGGAUAAUUGUUUUUAUUAUCAUCUUAUCACAAAAUAUCCAAAACCGGAAGGAAAGAAUGCACGAAAAAGGGAAUAAAACUUCGUCACUUUUCGCUAUUGCUGCGUUUAAAGGGGAAUGAAAAAGAAAAAUCAAAAUCCACUGCCGAUCGCCAUUGAAAAGAAAAGGAAAGAAAAGUUGUGCAUCGAACUUCGCAAUAAUUGGCUAUUGUUUUAAGUUAUUGUUUCCUUUAUCCAUUCUCCAACGCCUUUUAAACGACUUUCAUCAUUUCGCACACAAUCACCGCGCUCUCAACAGACUCUUUAUACUUUCCAUCGCGACAUUUAUUAUGCGAAAUAUUCAUAGAAACGCAUGGCAUAUGUGUGACAUACGUUGGACAUUAUUACUCGCGAACGAUGGGAGGUGCUUUUGAAGACUGAAAAAAAAUAUAACUCUUGCUAUUAUAAAUAUUAGAGAGUGAAAAUGCUCUAGAAAUUAGUAGAGCAGGAUGAAGAAAAAAAAAAGGCUGAUUGUGCGAAAAUGCGUCUUAGAACUUCGAAGGAACAUCACUGUGGCGUCCCCUUCCAAUUUUUGUGAGACUAAACUAUAUGUAUUGUAGAGCUUGAAAAAUUAGGAGACGUAGAUUUUUUUAUCUGCGGAAAAAUGCUUUUAAGGGAUGAAAUUAGUCUUCAAAGUCGUGCAUGUCGAAGGGUGAUAAUGCAAUUUCACCUAGAAGAAAUCGACCAAUUUUAGUGAAACAAAAACUAAAAUAGUUGUCACGAGAAGCAAUGAAAUAUUCGCAUUGAAUUUAAAAAAAGAGUAUGUUGCGGGGGUGAUCAGCUCCUGCAUUUUUCUGUUUUUCACCCUGUAUAAAAAAUGUAUCAAGCGAUAUAAAUGAAACGCUGUCGAUAUUUAAAAAGGAAAGUAAAAUUACAUUUGAGGUAUUUAUAAUUGCAUAUUUAUUAUAGGAAACCGAGUUUAGGAGAGUAAACUUUUACCUCUUACAUAUAAAUACAUUGACUUUCAUACAGAAUCUUUUUUCUCACAAUUCAAAAGUCUACAUUAAUUCAAAAUAGUUCUGUGAAGUGCAAAUUCAAGAUUUUGUACUUGAACCAUCUAUUACCGAUCUUUAAAGAGGUAAACUGCCUGCUCGAAUUUACCUUUCUUUUUGUGUUUUAAAAAUUUAAAUAUCUUUAAUCAUCUUACAUGGAUUGUUAUUUUAUGUAUUGGACGUAUUUCAUUAAUAAUUAGGAAAAUACUUUCUAUUUCUUGUAGAUUAAUAAUUUCCUUUCAUUAAUUAAAUACAGUUUUUAGUUAUAUGCUACCAGUAAAUGGGCAAUAACCGUUACUGCGGGACUACACUUUUAUCAGUAACGAUAUUCUUAUCGAUGAUUAUGGAAAAGCUUGUUAUCUGAAACAGCAUUGCACUCUAUGACAUGCUCAACUUUAGAGGGUGAUUUCACCCCUUAAACCUGUUUUCCUAGCAGUUAAAAACAAAACGUGUCACUUAGUUUUUCAAGAUCUAUGACAUAAUUAAGUUUCACCAACAUCAUAAGGGAAUACAAAAAUGAUGUUCCUUGCCAGUGCGUCACUAGUGUGUUUGAUUGUGCUAAUUAGGCAAAAUAAGAUUAUCUACGAUAAAAGAUAAGCAUUAAGACUAAUGAAGGCGAGUAAAUUAUUAGACAGGAUUAAAACAAAUGGGUAAAAGACGUGAUAAAGUAAGAGAGCCGAACAAACGAUAGUCGAAUGGAUAAAAAGAAAAGAAGGAAAUCGAAAAACAUAUUUCGAAUUCUUCUCAUUAGGCGUGUACAAGAACGAUUUAAUCAAUCAAUCCCUCCUUAUCAUCGGACAUUUGUAUAAUAUAUCAUCUUAACAAAUAUAAAAAUCGCAUAAUUGUCAACGAGUAUAUAAAAACAUAUAAAUAAAUUCAUUACAAAUAUACAUGUACGAUACGAUUACUACAGGAAAAAGUGCGAAAGGAAUGAUAACUAAAAUGUAAAUUAAGGCGAACUAAUCAGAAAAGAAAAUAACUAAAUGUCAUCACGCGUGUUUCAUAAGACUGUAUAUGCGUGAUAAUCCUGGGUACAUAGUAAGCACACUCAUGUCCGUUAUCCAUAUACAUACACAAACACAUAAUUAUUAUUACAAUUAUUAUUAUUACUGUGCAAACACACACACUACAGGUUAUUCAUAAUGGAAAAAAAAUGAUAUAUUAUAAUUAGUAUCAAAUUAACAUAGAUGUUUUACUAGUUACGAACGAAUCGAAAGACGCAAAUGAGAAAUUUAUGUAGAUUAGUUGCGACAUGAUUUCUGCAACAUCAAAAUUGACACGUUAAAUUCACGUAAGAAAGUAAAGACAAGAAGGUGAGCAUUAAACCUGGUCAAUUGUUCUGCAAAGAAGGAAAUGUUAAAACAGAGCUCUGUCAAGUAGAACUAUAUAGACUAUUAUUAUAUUACUAAUGAAUAUGACUUAUUCGUGGAAAAUAUGCAACCUGAAGUUAUCUAUACCAUAGGAAGAAUCAAAUAGAAGCAUAAACUUCAGGUAGUUAAUAUAUUCUGAACAACCUUAUAAGAUACUUGUACAGAGUCACUCAGAACCAUUGCAUAACCUGAAAUUGGUUUGUACGACAAAACUCUGAUAGAUGAGAAGUCAACGUCAGUUGAUGCAAUAGUCCUGGAAAACCUUAUAUGUAUAAUAUACAUAUAUAAAAUUACGAGUAGUAAACGAGAAGAACGAAAUUGGCGUAUGUUAGAAAAAAAAAGUACAGUUUAAUGUUAAAUUAUCUGUAGGCACGUGUAGACGUGCAUCUUAGAGAUCUAGUCAAGAGAAUAUUGUUUGUGAUGUGGUGCACACAAGUGUUUUGCUGAAAUCAACGCGUAUAGUAUCACACGGUUUGCGAGUCGGGAAAGGGAUGACAAUUGUUAUUAUAAUUAUGACUAUCAUUACGUAAUGAUUUUUUAUUAUUUUUACUACUAACGAAUAUAUGUAUGUAAAUACGUUAUUCAGAAGAUUUACCUAUUAUCAGAACACGUAGGUACCAAUUAUUCCAUUAACGUUUCGUUUGAUAGAAUUUCUUACUGAAAAGCAGCGAAGUUGUAGAAGAGAAAAAAGUAAAUGUAGAAACAAAAGGAAAUUCGGUGUUUUUCAUAAUGCGUAAGACGGGCGAAUAGCAUCUUGCUAUAAUAAAAUUAAUAUCUAAACCAUACAAUUUCUAGUGAGAAUUCAAUCAAACAGUCAAUUUGAUUUUUUAAUAAGGAUAUGUGUGUUGUAUUAGACACUCUCCCACUAUCAUGACUAAAACUUUAAUAAAAAGUAUCUGUAAUAUUUUUCAUUCAAUCAACCGACACGGUCUAUGUGAAGUAACCAUUUGGCGUAUUAUGUCUCCUGUAGCAUAUAUUGUAAAUACCUAACAGUGUUAAAUCAGUAUCGAGUCCUCGAACGCUAAUGAUCGUCACCUUCGAGAAGCUGUUUUCUUAGUAGGAUUUUUAUUUUUUCAUUAUUUGCAUGUUUAACAUUCAUGUGAUACGUGAUUUUGAAAAAUUCAUAAAAUAACGAGCGAAGAAGAUAUCAGUCAAGAUUUAAUAAUUUUUUUUUGUAUUUCCCUGACCACUUAUUACUGUAUACUCGCGAAUCUGCCACAGCUAUUACUAAGUAAAAAUAACUCUCGUGCAGAAUCGUCACGACCAAUUAAAGCUAAGCUAGCAUUAAAAACAAAGAAAAUGAGCGAGAAUAGGAAACGGGGACACGCAAAGUCUUGGCAAUUAUAUCGAAUCCAUCCUGAUGAAAUUCUGUUUAAUUUAAAAAUAUAUAUACACAUAUAUCUAUUCCAUGAUUAUCAGACCAUUAUUUCCUGAUGCGUACAAUCGCAAGAAAAAGCAAGCGAUUAACAACGAAACUCACGAUGGCCGUUCUGUACCUAUCUGGUCUGUGUCAAAAGGCAGACUAAGAAUAUUUUUACCAUUUUGCAUUUAGUAGCUUAAUUUUUUACUGUCACAUCAAUCGCCGAUAUAUAACAAGAAUUAGACGGUAUAGAGGGGAUGGGAAGACGCAGCUUAAAAGAAAAGAGCUAAGUUCAUGCGAGUGAGAUUGUUCGCAAGAAAAUUGAAAAAAAAAGUCAACUUACGAUGAGACCCGAAAAAUGAUUUCCAAGUUUCUACAAUUUUAUAUAAUCCGUAAGAACGCGAGUGCGAGAGUCUGUAAGGAAGAAAGGGGAAAGAGAAAGAACUAAAAAAAAAUGUAUUUAAAUCUUUCGAGAAUUCCUUUUUCGAAUCGCAUCAACAUUCUAUUUUAAGAAAAAUAAGAAGAGGAACGGAAAAUGUGUAUUAUAUCUUUUACUUGUUGAUAUUAUGCUGUGCCAAGAUAUCAAGACGAUCGGAGCGCAAAAAAAAGAAAGACAGCUAUGAUAGUACAUCAGUCGAGAGACAGAUGCCGGCAGAAAAUGAUAUUGUAUCUAUACUAUAAUAGUUUUGUAAUUUUAUUUGCGUCCUAUUAACUAUGUGGGUACACGCGGAGAUCCGAUUUCUAAAUAUGUAUUAUUGUGCACGUGCAUUCUGUCAGCUUCACCAGUUUUGUUAGGCGAUAUUUUCUGCUAUACUUUUUAUUUAUACGUGCACUGAAAUACACGCUUAGAUAUGUGAUUCGUGUACGUACGUACGUAGGGAAUAAGAAUCGAGACAAAGUUGAUUAGCAUCUUCACGCGAGACCAUUUAUAAUCAUUUUGAUAACAAUUGAUAACAAUGGAAGGUAUUUUUGCCAUUCCAAGUACGGUAUGAAUUUUGUAAAUAGACAUUGUAAAUAUUACAUUGAGCAUUUUAGUGAAAGAUUAACGAAACAGGGAAUGCAGAGACAGCGAUAAUUAUUAACUGACAGCGCGAGAGGCCGAGUUUCAUGAAGGAUAGGGAGAAAGGAAAACGUAAAAGAAGCAAAGAAUGAUAUAGAAAAGUGAUAGAAUUUUAAAGUAUCUAAUUAUUAACGGAAGCAAGAUGCGAUUUAUAUAUAAUAUAUAAGACGACGAUUUAACUGUAUGAAAAUGAAUAAAUGAUAAGAGAGAAGUAUAGAGAUCGAGCACACUUCGUAAGCGAUAUACAAGAUAUAUUAAUAUAUAUGUAUUAUAUAUAUAUGAAGAUAUAUAUUAUAAUGACUUGAUAAAAGAAAUUGAUGAAUUAAGCUGCGUGUGGCUUUGAAUGUCUGUGACGAUAUAAGAAGUAGUUUGUAUCGAGUCCAAUCGACGGUCAAACGAAGCCGAACGACGUUUCUGAUUUUCUGUGACCUUCGACCUUUCGAACUAGUCCUAAACUCAAACUCGAUCGGCUAUUCCGUAAAAUUUUACGAUUUCACCUUCUACGCGAUUAUUGAUAUAGGAGUAUCGUGUGAGAAGAAAGUAAAUAUUAAAUCAAUGCGAGUGACGACACGAGCCCCGUUUGCCUGCUAUCAGCGCGCAUUAAUCAUUAAGCGUAAUACGAAUAAAGUAAGAUGGCGGAAGAGAAUAUAUGAUGCAUCAUUGCAGUUAAACGGUGUAAUAUGUGUAACUAGUAGAAUUUUUCGAAUUUCAUCGGUGAAGCAAAUUACUGAAAAUAAUUUUUCAUAAGUCAUUUCCUGCCCAUUAUUUUAUUUUUCCUUGUGCAUUUUCAUAUAUACUUUUCGUCUCAUUGCGGUCAUUUUAACGACGAGCCUCUCACACAGUGUUACAAGGAAUUUCGAAAAAAAAAAAAAAUUGAAAUGAAAAUGUCGCAUUGCCGUCUAUACACACUGCCCUGCCAUUAUAAUUAUAUUAAAUCGUAUAUUCUCUUACUAAAAUGAGAAUAACGUUGCGAUUCAGAUAUUUCGAAGUUCUCGAUGAAACGAGAGGCUUUUGCGGAACUGACUAUUUCGUUUAAAUUCCCUGCGUUUCCAGCUGCUUUUUUCAACGAACAUCGUUUCGAGCGACGUGUGGUAAGCGCGCGGAAUUUUACUGGAAUAUUUUUAUCAAUCAUCCUUAACAAAAUCCUGCGGUGAUUUCAUAUGAGAUGUAAAAACGUACAGUCGCUCGAGCUUUUUACGCACGUUGGAAAUUCAGCAAGGACUGCCAAUCAUGAGCACCGAACUGUAAUAAAAAAAAUGCUCACCCUGCGUACGAAAACCGACAUUUUGUAUAAAUGUACACUCUCGUAUUGUUAAUGAUUACAGAAUUACCGAUAGGUCCAGCAGCAGCGUAUUACGUUCUUGUAACAAUAAAAAAUGAUGUAAUAAAACACGGUCA